ACGCCAGCCCCCGCCGCGCCCCGCGUGGCCCCGGUCCCGCCGCCCCCCCGCGCCCCGGAGCGGCCGCUGCGCCCCCCGAGAGCCCCGGCAGGCCGGCAUGGCGCGGCCCCCCGUGCCCAGCUCGCAGAAGGCGCUGCUGCUGGAGCUGAAGGGGCUGCAGGAGGAGCCCGUGGAGGGGUUCCGGGUCAGGCUGGUGGACGAAGGGGACCUGUACACCUGGGACGUGGCCAUCUUCGGCCCCCCGGACACGCACUACGAGGGCGGCUACUUCAAGGCUCGUCUCCGGUUUCCCAUCGACUACCCCUACUCUCCUCCUGCCUUCAGGUUCCUAACCAAAAUGUGGCACCCCAAUAUCUAUGAGACAGGUGAUGUCUGCAUCUCCAUCCUGCACCCGCCCGUGGAUGACCCACAGAGCGGGGAGCUGCCAUCGGAGCGCUGGAACCCCACCCAGAACGUGCGAACCAUUCUGCUGAGCGUGAUCUCACUGCUGAAUGAGCCCAACACGUUUUCCCCAGCCAACGUGGACGCCUCCGUGAUGUACCGCAAGUGGAAGGAGAGCAAAGGGAAGGACCGAGAGUACACAGACAUCAUCAGGAAGCAGGUGCUGGGCACCAAGGUGGACGCUGAGCGGGACGGAGUGAAGGUCCCCACCACGCUGGCUGAGUACUGUGUGAAGACCAAGACUCCAGCCCCAGAUGAGGGCUCAGACCUCUUUUAUGAUGACUAUUAUGAGGAUGAUGAGAUGGAGGAGGAAGCAGAGAGCUGUUAUGGUGAUGAGGAUGACUCCGGCAAUGAGGAAUCUUGAUGGCCCUCUGGCAUUGCAAAACUUACUAUAAACUACUGAAUUUUACCUCAACUAGAACAAACUGGUUUGAAUUUAGGAUCUGUCAGCCCUGAAAUUAACUCUCUACCUCGCAGGGAGACUGUUCUGCUGUUGCAAAGGAAAUCCCAUCGCUGUCUUUGUAGGAAAAGAUAAACCCCCUGUUUUAUAAACUUCCUGGGGGUGGGUGGAGAGGGGGAAGCUGUCUUGGGGUGUUCACAAAGCCACAGAAACUGAGGUGCUGGUGGCUCUGCCUGGCUGAGGAGUGACAACCAGGCCUGGUGUUGGCUGCCCCUCAUUUGGGUCAGUUCAGCUUCUCUUCAGCCCCACAGGGUAGGAGCAAUUUGGGGCACUGGUGGGGGUGGUGAGUGGUUGCUUUGGUGGGGGGGCAACAUGUGAGUGCUGUCUUGCCUUUCAACAUCUUUUAGGGUUCAUCCUGCAGCCAUCUGGGCUGUCCCACAGGACCCUUUUGCCUUCCCUGCCCGUGAUGCUGGAGCUGUGUUCACAAGGAGAAGGACACCAGGGAGGACUUGCCCAGCAGCCACCAGCACUGGCAUGUGGGGAUGGUCUGUUUGUGGUUUUGAACUCGCUGGGAGGGAUGGGGUCAUGCUGAGUAUUUCUGCUUCUGGUUUUUUUUUUUUUUUGGACACUAUUUAAUAAAGUUCUUCCAGGGAA